AUGGCUUCAUACGAUUCCGAUUCCUCCGAGGGCGAGUUCGAGGAGACAAAUGUCCUUUUGGGAUAUGCUUCUAAAGAAGCAGACGAAGAUACCGUUAGCAAACUCGGCGGUCGUCCUGACUGGUUAGACGAGAACGCCCCCAGCGCCGCCCACGCACGAUGCAAAGUAUGCAAAGAUCUCAUGGCUUUGAUCCUGCAGCUCAACGGCGAACUUCCCGAGCGAUUUCCCGAGCACGAACGACGAAUCUAUGUUUUUGCGUGUAGACGGCCGACCUGCCGGCGCAAAGAGGGUAGUAUUCGAGCGCUAAGAGGUGUGCGAGUGUGGAAGGAAGAGGCUCCCAAGGAGCAGAAGGAAGAGAAGGAGGUCGAGGAAGAGAAGCCUAAGAACGAUGGACCUGGACUGGGAGAGACUCUGUUUGGUUCAAAGGGCUUGGGAGGUGCUUCUGGCACGAACCCCUUUGGCAACGCAAAUCCCUUUAGCAGCUCUGGCAACCCCUCCAGUUCUGGAUCAGCCAACCCUUUCUCCUCUUCUACUUCACAGCCUAAGACCGAGCCCGAACCCGCCAAGCCUACCUCACCUGAGCCAGAGGCAUCACUCACCAAGACAUUCGCUGAAUCUCUCAACAUCAAAGACACACCGGCAACACCACCUCCAGCCUCAGAGCCCUGGCCUGCUGAGGAUGCCCAGGUGCAGGCUUACCCUACUCUCUACCUCGCCGAUGCCGACUUUGAGACUCUAGACCCCAAGCCCAAUACCGUCCCCACUAACGCCCGCCUUGAGGACGCCGAUGCCGCGGAGCCUUCUAUACUAGACCGCGAAGCUUUCGAGUCGGCCAUGGACGCUACAUUCCAGAAGUUCGCAGACCGUCUGGCGCAGAACCCCGAGCAGGUUAUUCGAUAUGAGUUUGCAGGUACUCCUCUGUUGUACUCAAAGAAGGGUGCUGUUAGUGAAGCUGUGAACAAUGGUGCCAUUCCUCGAUGCCCCAACUGCACAGCGAGAAGAGUCUUUGAGGUGCAGUUAACACCAAACGCUAUUGCAGAACUCGAGGCAGACGAUAUGAGCUUGGAGGGCAUGGAGUGGGGUACUAUCAUCGUUGGCGUGUGCGAAAAGGAUUGCUCCCCUCGAGGAACGCCCCUUGGACAAGCUGGAUACCAGGAAGAAUGGACUGGCGUACAAUGGGAGGAACUGUCCAAGGGAAACUAG